GAUGAGUUAAGUGUCUCAAAGAUAAAGAAGUCCUUCUCCUUAAUCCCCAGAAAAGGUUGCUUAAAGAGAGAAAGCAGCUUAAGCAAUGAAAAGACGUAAUUAAACAUAGCCAAGCUUUUUUGAAAAAUAUGCUUACCAUUUGGUUAUAGGAGCAUUUGGAUUUGUAUGUGUUUAUGCUUUGUUUUCCAUAUUGACAAGAUCAAGCAAGAAAUUAACAACAGCUCCUGUAAUAGAUGAAGAGGAAAUAGCUGCUCAUAAUUCUUUAGGAUCAUAUUAAUAGGGACCAAAUGAUUUCUUUAAAGAUUGGAAAUUUAGUGAUGCUAAAUUUAUUUUUAAUAAUCAUUUGACAUUCAAAGGAAAAAUAUAAUAAUGCCCUGAAAGUAGUGUUAUUAUUCCAGAAAGUUAUAACUUCAGAGAAGCUUAACCAGAAUGUGCAUAACCAAUCUAUUUUUAAGGUAUUAAUAUUAUAUUAAAUAAAAAAUAGGAAAUUGUUCAUCAAGUUAUUCAAUAGCAGCUGUUUCAUCUACAAGUGAUAGAUUAUGUAAAUCUAGAAAUGGAGAAUUUUAAGAACAAUUAUCACCUUAAUCUCCAAUAUCAUGUGAUGAUAAAAAUUAUAAAUGUGGAGGUGGUAGUGUAACAAGAGUUUUAGAAGUUGGUAAAAAAUAAGGAUUUGUAUCAACUUCAUGUUUACCAUAUACUGGAACUGAAGAUGCUUAAAAUGAUUGUGAUGCUUUAUUUUCUAAUUGUGAAAAAUACAAGAUUUAAGAUUAUUGUGUAGUUUCAAGCGAAGAAAAUAUUAAAAGAGAAAUCUUGAAUAAUGGUCCAGUUGUUGCUGUGAUUUAAGUCUUUAAAGAUUUCCUUGUUUAUAAAGGAGGAAUUUAUGAAAUAGUAGAAGGAAGUUCAAAGUAUNAUUAUGCAUAGAGAUAUUAAAGGUUCAAAUGUUUUAGUUGAUGAUAAUGAUAAUAUUAUAUUAAUUGAUUGGGGUUUAAGUUAAUUUUAUGAUGAAGGAAGACAGCAAUCUACUAAAAUGGGUACCAGAUACUAUAAAGCACCAGAAUUAUUAAUGAAAUAUAAAUAAUAUGAUUAUUCAAUAGAUAUAUGGGCAGUAGGAUGUAUGUUGGCAGAUUUUAUAUUUAAGACACAUCCAUUAUUACCUGGAAAGGAUAAUGAAGAUUAAUUAAAGAAAAUAAUAUCUAUGUUAGGAACAAAUGAUUUAUAUGAAUACUUACAGAAAUAUGAUAUUAAGUUAGAUCUGGAUGAACUUCCUUUAGUUUAGAAUCGAAUAGAUUUUACAAGAUUAAUAAACAGAAAGAAUUAAAAUUUAGUUAGUAAAGAAGGGAUUGACUUACUUGAAAAAAUCUUUAUUUAUGAUCAUGUAUAAAUUUAAUAUAAUAUGAAUAGAAAAAAAGAAUAAAUGCAAGUUAAGCCCUUGAACAUGCAUUCUUCUUAUGA